AUGUGUGACCUCUGUCUGGUAACCCAUGAGGAAGCAGACAGGGCUGCAACUGGGAAGCAGUUAAACACCUUGUCAAGGUGUGGGAAUGAGCGUGUGUGGGUCUCUGUGCUUUUAGCCUUUUCUGUACCAAUUGUUUCAAGGGGAUCCAAAAUUAUACUUCUCCACAACUUCACCUCACUACAAAAAGCCUUGGCAUCCACAGGAGGAAGAAGUGUUCAGGCAGCAUGUGACUGGUUAUUCUCCCACGUCGGUGACCCCUUCCUGGAUGACCCCCUGCCCCGGGAGUAUGUCCUCUACCUCCGCCCCACCGGGCCCUUAGCACAGAAGCUUUCCGACUUUUGGCAGCAGUCAAAGCAGAUCUGCGGGAAGAACAAGGCCCACAACAUCUUCCCCCAUAUCACCCUCUGCCAGUUCUUCAUGUGUGAGGACAGCAAGGUGGAUGCCCUGGGGGAAGCCCUGCAGACCACCGUCAGUCGCUGGAAAUGUAAGUUCUCUGCCCCACUGCCCCUGGAGCUCUACACCUCCUCCAACUUCAUCGGCCUCUUUGUAAAGGAAGACAGUGCCGAGGUCCUCAAGAAGUUUGCCGCUGACUUUGCUGCAGAGGCUGCAUCCAAAACCGAAGUACAUGUGGAACCGCAUAAGAAGCAGCUGCAUGUGACCCUGGCUUACCACUUCCAAGCUAGCCACCUACCCACCCUGGAGAAACUAGCCCAGAACAUUGAUGUCAAACUAGGGUGUGACUGGGUGGCCACCAUAUUUUCUCGAGAUAUUCGAUUUGCUAACCAUGAGACAUUGCAGGUGAUCUACCCCUACACCCCACAAAAUGAUGAUGAGCUGGAGCUGGUCCCUGGGGACUUUAUCUUCAUGUCUCCAAUGGAGCAGACCAGCACCAGUGAGGGAUGGAUCUAUGGCACGUCCUUAACCACCGGCUGUUCUGGACUCCUGCCUGAGAAUUACAUUACCAAGGCUGACGAAUGCAGCACCUGGAUAUUUCAUGGAUCUUACUCGAUCUUAAAUACGUCCAACUCUCUCACAUUUGGUGAUGGAGUAUUGGAGAGGCGGCAGUAUGAGGACCAGGGACUAGGGGAGACGACACCCCUUACUAUCAUCUGCCAGCCCAUGCAGCCCCUGAGGGUCAACAGCCAGCCUGGCCCUCAAAAGCGAUGCCUCUUCGUGUGUCGGCACGGUGAGAGGAUGGAUGUUGUAUUUGGGAAGUACUGGCUAUCCCAGUGCUUUGAUGCCAAAGGCCGCUACAUACGCACCAACCUGAACAUGCCUCAUAGCUUACCUCAGCGGAGUGGUGGUUUCCGGGAUUAUGAGAAAGAUGCUCCAAUCACUGUGUUUGGAUGUAUGCAAGCGAGACUCGUGGGUGAAGCCUUACUAGAAAGUAACACCAUUAUUGAUCACGUCUAUUGUUCCCCAUCCCUACGCUGUGUUCAAACCGCACACAAUAUCUUGAAAGGUUUACAACAAGAAAAUCACUUGAAGAUCCGUGUAGAGCCUGGCUUAUUUGAGUGGACAAAAUGGGUCGCUGGGAACACGUUACCUGCAUGGAUACCUCCAUCAGAGUUAGCCGCAGCCAACCUGAGUGUGGAUACAACCUACAGACCUCACAUUCCAGUCAGCAAAUUAGUGGUUUCAGAAUCUUAUGACACUUAUAUCAGUAGAAGUUUCCAAGUAACAAAAGAAAUAAUAAGUGAAUGUAAAAGUAAAGGAAAUAACAUUCUGAUUGUGGCCCACGCAUCUUCCCUUGAAGCAUGUACCUGCCAGCUUCAGGGCCUAUCACCUCAGAACUCCAAGGACUUUGUACAAAUGGUCCGAAAGAUCCCCUACCUGGGAUUUUGCUCCUGUGAAGAAUUAGGAGAAACUGGAAUAUGGCAGCUAACAGACCCACCUAUCCUUCCACUUACCCAUGGACCCACUGGGGGCUUCAACUGGAGAGAGACCUUACUUCAAGAAUAAACCACAUGAGUGGAUGAGAAGAAAAGGCCUUUUGGAGACAUGUCUUUUUGUGUGUUUAGUAACAGUGGAAAAAUCCAUACCACAUGCUAAGCGGACAGCUCAGAAUAAUUUAGCAUAUUUCUUUUUACGCUUAAAGUUCUUGUGAUGGGGCUGUGUAAAUAAGGGAGACUUGAUUCAGAGAAGAAAAAAAAAUCGUUCUCUCUGGACUCUUGCCUCGCCAGCGAGGCUUUGGAGAACUGUCUUCCUGAAUUGGGGCACUAGCAGCAGGUAGUUUUCUUCCAUCUAUGCAGGGCUAUGGAGCCUCACUCCUCCCAAAGGGAGCCGCCAGCUCGCUCUAAGGGAUGCAUGAGGAAGGAGCAUGGCCAGAGUCCAGCUGGGGGAGCAUCGAGCAACCUGUUGGGGAUGGAAUGUUCUUUUGAUCUCCAUUUUUCAGUUAGGCAGAGCCAAGCUGAGGAAUCCUUUUAAGGUACUAGAAAACGUGCCCUGAAGAGAGUCGUUCUUAGGUCACACAUCAAAUUCUACCCUCAGUAGACCCCACACACCAGUGUUGCCGGCUCAAGACGCUACUUGAAGACUCUAACAUGUGCCCUGGCACUGCCGCAUUUUCUCUAGAGCAGCUGGCCCUUGCUACAGCCCUUCCCCCUUGCUUCUAUCUGUGAAAUGGGGAGACAAAGCACUUUUGCUCUCCAAAGCACUUUUGGAUACUCAGGAGGAAGAUAAGAGAAAUGUGUAAAGUAUUCAAUCCUAGGCGCAGAGAACUUGCAAAAUAUGAAGUGACUUGGAAUUACCCAUACUGUUUCUCAAUCACUGCCAUUUGCUCGUCUUUGCUCCUAGACUCUAGACCAUGGUAACUAGUUCAGGAUGUUGACAUUUUGAACGAAUGUAUGUUAGAUACAUUAUUUGCAGCAAGAAGCUCAUGCUGUGCAAUAUGGACACCUUUGCAAACCAUACCAAGGGUCAGGUUGUUGUACACCUACAGUACAUGUCAACCUUAACAGAACAUCCACAAAUGAGUCAAUUCUUCCAGGGAUGUAUAAUGAAGUCAGGUCACAGAACUAAUUUAAAUGACACUCACGGCUGCACUGCUACUUGUGCUGCUGGUUUUUUUGUUUGUUUGUUUUUCUAUGAUAAUUUAAAAUAUAUAGGUAGGGCUACUUGAGGAAAUUUGGAGAACCACAUCCUGUGGUUUCUCAUUACACCUACUUCCUGCAUUUGGAGGGAGUUUAUUUAAAAGAAAAAUAAAUGACAAUCAAGCCAAAA